AUAAAAAAAAAUUAAAAAUAAAAAUGGAUAUUGAAAAAAAUUUUGAAGAAGAACUUAAAAAAAUAGAAGAAAAAAUAAAAGAUGCUGAAGAAAAUUUAGGAGAUGUAGAAUUAAGAGAUUGUCUUAUGGAAAAAGCAGUUUUGCAUGAAAAAUUUGGAAAAAUAGAAUAAGCAAUAGAAAUAUAUAAGUAAGCUCAAAAAAAAACAAUUGGCGUUGGCAAAAAAAUGGACGUAGAGUUUGUUAUUCUCUUAAUAUAUGUAAAAUAAAAGAAUUUGUAAAAAAUUUAAGAAUCAAUAGAAUUUUGUAAAAAACUUUUUGAAGAAGGAGGAGAUUGGGAAAGAAAGAAUCGUUUAAAGGUAAAAAAUCAAUUUAAUUAUAAAAAAAAAAAAAAAAAAAGAAUUUAUGAAGGUAUAUAUAACCUUCUUAUUAGAGAUUUAAAAAAAACUUCUUAAUUAUUCCUUGAAUGCAUAAGCACCUUUAAUUCAUCAGAAAUAAUUUCUUAUAAAUAACUUGUAUUUUAUACAGUUUUAACUUCACUUGUUUCUUUAGGUCGUUCAGAAAUUAAAAAAAAUGUUAAUUUUAUAAAUUAAUUAUUAUAUAUAAAUAUAAAUAUAAAGGUUGUUCAUAAUUCUGAAAUAUUAACUAUAAUAAGGGAUAUGCCUUAUUUAAAAAACUUGCUUGAUGCAUUUGCAAAAUGUGAUUACAAAGCAUUUUUUAUAAAUUUGACUUAAAUUUUGACUGAUCUUAGAAAUGAUGAAUAUUUAUCUAAUCAUGUUAAAUUUUAUACUAGAGAAAUUAGAGUUGUUAUAUACUCUUAAUUCCUUGAAUCUUAUAAAACUGUUACUUUAUAAUCUAUGGCUAGUUCUUUUGGUGUUUCUGUUGAUUUUAUUGACAAAGAACUAUCUGAUCUUAUUUCUGGAAGGAGACUUACAUGUAAAAUUGAUAAAGUUUAAGGAAUUAUUGAAUCUGAAAGAGUUGACUAAAGAAAUACUUUAUAUCAACAAGCACUUAAACAAGGGGAUAAUCUAUUAAAUUAAGUUUAAAAACUUUCAAGAGUAAUAGACAUUUGA